AUGGGCAAAUACAUUCCUAAUUUCUUCAACCUCCUUGUCGUCGUGUAUGUGGCUCUAGGUUCCACAGCAUGCUCUUACGGACUGGCCAUUCUGGGCUCAACAAUUGGCCAGCCAUCUUUUUACAAGUCAUUGGACCUUGCCGCUCAAGGCGAGCCUGGCUACGGACGUACAGCAAGUCUUAUCGGUGCAUUCAAUGGCGUAGGCGCUGCUGGAGCCUGUUUGGGCGCUAUCUUCACAAGCUGGUCUGCCGAUGCGCUCUCUCGGAAGCACACCAUUCAGAUCGGAGCCAUCAUCCUGUCGAUAGGCGCAGCGCUGUGCGCCAGCAGCGUUAACAGCGGCAUGCUCAUUUUCGCAAGGCUGUUCGCAGGUGUCGGAAUUGGCACCUUGAUCACCUGCAUCCCUAUGUAUCAGGCGGAGGUAAGUACGCCUGAAAGCCGCGGCUUCAUGGUAUCGAUGCACGGCAUCAUGUUUGCUGUUGGCUACGGUCUGUCUUCAUGGAUUGGAUUUGGUGUGUACUUCAUCUCCGCUUCUGGGUCCAAGUCAACAUUCCCGUGGCGCUUUCCGCUGGCAUUUCAAGCCGUACCAGCGUUGAUUAUGCUUGCCGGGUCGCCAUGGCUGCCAUACUCACCCCGCUGGCUUAUGAUGAAGGACCGGUAUGAAGAGGCUGAGGCCAUCCUCAAGCGUCUCCACGCGAGGAAGGGUGAGGACAAUCAUCAAACGGCUAUUAAGGAGUUUUAUCAGAUGAAAAAGCAGCUUGAGCAUGAUCGGCAAGUCAAGGCUACGAUCAGCCGCUUUGAGGUCUUCAAGACUGCGCCGAACAGGAAGCGAGUGUACGUCGUGGCCUCCAUGAUGUGGUUCAACAUGUUCACCGGCGUUUUGAUCCUUGCCAACUAUGCAGUCUUCGUCUUCCAGCAGCUUGGCAUCUCCGGAUACAUGCCGCUGCUCCUUCUAGCGAUCUGGAUUACUAUCUCGUUUCCGGGCAAUGUCGUCACGGCCCUCUUCGUGGACAGGCUCGGCCGCCGUGGUUUUAUGCUUGUCGGGGCCUGUGGGAUCCUUGUCAGUCUCAUCCUGGAAUGCGUGCUGCAAGCGCUGUACGAUGAUAGCACAAACCGCGCAGGAGGUCGGGCGGCUAUAUUUCCAGUCUUCCUGUUCAUCGUCUUUUGGUCGAGCUGCUUUGAUGCUACCCAGUACUUGUACAUGAGCGAGAUCUUUCCUACCGCCAUCCGGGGUCAAGGGACUGCUGUUGGGAUGUUCAACCAGUAA